GUUGUGCUCAGCCCUCAGUGUCCUUUCUCCUUAGUGGAUCCUUCCCCUUACCUGCGUGCUUGGUCCUUGAGUGUAGUGUUGAGGAAGACUUGCUGCCCCCUCUCCCUCAAGGCUGGCCUGCAGCCUGAGUGGCCAGGAGCAGCGGAGCAGACUGUCACUGGUGUGAGGACCAAGGCCUGAUCAGAAGGACCACCACCACCGUGCUGCUGCCUUCUCCAGCCAUAAAGGAAGGGAAAGGUUGAGUGUCAGGACUGUAGGACAAUUUGAUAGGGGAGAGGAAGUUCAUCAGACACAGCCUUGCACACACUGGUUCAGGAAACCAUGAGAGCCAGGAGUGUGAGAAAAGCCUCCCUGGGAAGGGUGACUUUGACUAAGACACUCACUCAUUCUGCUGAAAGAAAUCAUGAUUGUGCAGUUUGUGGGGAAAGUUUCAGCAAGAAGGGUAAACUCAAGACACACAGCCUUUCACACACUGCUGAAAAAAAUCAUGAAUGUGAAGUUUGUGGGAAAAGAUUUUAUUAUAAGUGUCACCUCAAUACACACACCCUUACACACACUGGUGAUAGAAAUUAUGAAUGUGAAGUGUGUGGGAAAAGAUUUACUCAGAAGAGUACCCUCAACAGACACAUCCUUACACACACUGGUGAGAGAAAUUAUGAAUGUGAAGUUUGUGGGAAAAGAUUUAUUCAUAAGGGUCACCUCAACACACACAUCCUUACACACACUGGUGAAAGAAAUUAUGAAUGUGAAGUUUGUGGGAAAAGAUUUAAUCAGAAGAGUACCCUCAACACACACAUCUUUACACACACUGGUGAAAGAAAUUAUGAAUGUGAAGUUUGUGGGAAAAGAUUUAAUCAGAAGACUCACCUCAACACACACAUCUUUACACACACUGGUGAGAGAAAUCAUGAAUGUGAAGUUUGUGGGAAAAGAUUUAAUCAGAAGAGUAACCUCAACAGACACAUCCUUACACACACUAGCGAAAAAAAUCAUGAAUGUGAAGUUUGUGGGAAAAUAUUUAAUCGGAAGAGUAACCUCAACACACACAUCCUUAUACACACUGGUGAGAGAAAUCAUGAAUGUGAAGUCUGUGGAAUAAGAUUCUGUUUAAAAUCAUACCUGAAGAGACAUAGCAUAAGACACACUGGUCACAAAGGGUUCAAAUGUGAUGCUUGUGGAAAGCGUUUCAUGACCAGAGGUGAGAUUACUAAACAUGUGAAGAUUCACCUCUGAGGUGUUGUGUUGUGCUGCUGUAUGUGGGAGAGAGUAUGCAGUGCAGGGCAGCAUUGACUACAUUGAAGGACAGAAAAUAUAGCCCAAAUGGGGAAUCAAGGCAGGUUGUGUGUGUGUGUGUGUGGGUGUAUUUACCUAUUUGUAUUGACCUGUUUGUAGUCUACCGGGCCCGGGCUAAGCUGUAAUAGUAGCUGUAAUAUCUACAUUCCUUUUCCUUUCCAUCAUUUGUUGGGGACUGUACGCCUCCACCACCUCUUCCCGCAAGCUGUUCCAUGUGUUAAUGAGAUAGCCUGCCCUCCUUGUAUGUCAGUAAAUGUGAUAAAUGAGAUAGCCUGCCCCCCUUGUAUCAGUAAAUGUGAUAAAUGAGGUAACCUACACCCCUUGUAUGUCAGUAAAUGUGAUAAAUGAGAUAACCUACACCCCUUGUAUGUCAGUAAAUGUGAUAAAUGAGAUAACCUACACCCCUUGUAUGUCAGUAAAUGUGAUAAAUGAG